UUCCGGCAGCCUAAGAAUGCAGCAGCAGAGGCUUGGUGGACGCCUCUUUCGUGCAGCCAUUUUGAUUCGGAACAACAACGACAUAGAAAAACUGUCUGGAAAAGGUGUGUAAGUGAUGUGGGACCAGGGAGGACAACCCUGGCCGCAGUGGCCUCUGAGCCAGCAGCAGUGGAUGCAGUCUUUCCAGCAUCAGCAAGAUCCAGGUCAAGUGGACUGGGCUGCUCUUGCACAGGCAUGGAUAGCCCAGAAGGAAUCAACAGGAGCAGAGCAGCAGAACAUUCAGCCAAAUGGCCAGGACAUCCCAGGCCUUGAACCUAUUGGACAGAGCAAUCAUGGUGCCUUCCAGGGUGACCCAGCAUUUGGCAGAAUUUGGCAGCCAGAAUGGGGAAUACAUGGCCAGCCCCCUCCUCCUCCUCCACCACCUGACCAGGCCUGGAUCCCUCCAGGAUCAGGACCAAUGGAUGUGGUGAACCCCAGUGAGGACAGCAACAGCCAGGACAGCGUGGAGUUCAACUCUGAAUCCCACCAUGGGGUUUACCCCCAGAACAGCCAUGGGUAUGGGGCACAGCCCGACAGCUACGCCAUGGCCCCCAUGGCCAUGAACCAGUUUGAUUAUCAGCAUGGAGCUGCUUCAUCCUUUGCCCCCGCACCCACAGGCUUCCACUCCCCAUACUGGCAGGGUCCUCCUCAGAACAGACGAGAUACCAGACCACCCGGGUUCAGAGACCGGCCCAGAUCCCCCCUCCAGCUCCCUGUCAAGCAGGAGGUCCCAGCACCACUAGAUGCUGUCAAAAGACGCACACUACCUGCAUGGAUCCGAGAGGGCCUUGAAAAGAUGGACAGAGAGAAGCAGAAGAAGCUGGAGCGAGAGAGAAUGGAGAAGGAGCGUGCAGAAAUGGCAAAAGACAAUGGCAGAGAGCAGGAGGCAGAAGAGGCGGGCAAUGGGCCUCGCGUACCCCGCAGGAGUAAAUUUGACAGUGAUGAUGAGGGGAACGAUGACAAUGAUGACGAAGAAAAGACCUCCUUGAAGAGGGAAUUUUCUGGCAGGAGCCCAUCGCCUCCUGCAGAGGACAGUGAGCCUGAAAUGACUGAGGAGGAAAAGGAAUUCCAGCUGAUGCUCAUGACAAAAACGCUUCUGACUGAGAUCCUUCUCGAGGUCACUAAUGAAGAGAUCCUGCAUGUGGCCAAAGAGACUCACCGGAAAGCCAUCCGAGCUCCUGCAAAACAGCUGGCACAGUCAAGUGCACUGGCUUCUCUGACUGGUCUCAGCGGGCUUGGUGACUAUGGUUCAGAUGAGAGUGAGGAUGAGGAUGAUCGCAGCGUGCGAGGGUCUGAAUCCUCUGAUACAGAUGAGGAGGAGUUGCGCCACCGCAUCCGGGAGAAGCAGGAUGCCUUUCGCCGCAAAGAGCGGGAGAUGCUGCAGCUGCAAGAAAAACAAGCACAAGAGGCUCUGCUUGCACGUGAAGAGAUGAUGAAAGAGAGACUGAGCAGAGAAAGGGGGGACUAUGAUGAGGGCCAGGCAGAGAAUCCACACAAGCAGGAAGCAAAAGAGAGGGAGGCGGAGCCCUUAAUAGAGAGGCGUAGGUCCCGUAGUGAAAAGGAGGGUAGUGAGGGCAAGCCCUCAAGUAGAGGGAAGGAGCGAUUAGGAAGAGGUGGCAGUGAUUCCCCGGCUAACGGUCACAGCAGCAGCAGCUCCCGCCCCUCCCCUAGCCACAGCAGUUCCUCGUCCUCUUCGUCUUCUUCCUCAGCAUCUUCCCGCAGUUCCUCUCAAUCUUCCUCCCCACAAAGGAAGAGGAGGCGUAGCCACUCUUCAUCUCACAAGGCUCGCCGCCGCAGCCGCAGUCACAGCUCCCAUAGACAUCGCAGUGAUCGUAGUGAGAAGGCCAGGGACAGGAGGAGGAGCAGUGCUGAAAGGUCAGGCCGCCACAAGAAAGAACGCAGUGAUUCCAGGGAGCGUAGAAGUCGCAGGAGUAGAAGUAGGUCCAGAUCCAGAGAGCGAGACAGGGGCAGGGCCAGGGCCAGAGACAAAGAUAGCCAUAGUCGCAGCAGAGACAGAGAGAAGGACAAAGACAGGAAUAAGGAAAGGAAAAGGAGCCGAGAGCGCAGGGACAGGAGUCAUAGUCGUAGCAGCAAACACAAGCAGAAGGCCUCGAGCAAGGACAGAGACAGGCGGAGAGAAAGGAGUCGUAGCCAUGAGAAAGACAAGAAAAAGAGGGAUAAAGAUAAGGAUAGGGAGAAAGAGUCUGAUAAAAAGAAAGAAAAACCAAAGGCCAAAGAGAAGGAAAAGGAGAAAGAAAAAGGAAGCUCUGUAUCUGCAGAAGAUAACGGCAGGUUGAAAAAAAGGAAAGAGAGUGACCCGUGCACAGCCUUUCAGAGUGAGAAGCUGUCCCGACAGGAUAGCAGGGCCAGCAAAAAGGGCUCCGCCAAAGCUAGCAAGAGACACUCAGACUCUGACUCAAGUAGAUCCCCUACCCCAGAAAUUAGCAAGGAAAAGAAAUCUAAGAAAUCCAAACGUAGCCGCUCGAGGUCAGCGGAAAAAUCUCACAAGUCUGGUAAGAAGGCAAGCCGCAAACACAAGUCUAAGUCGCGAUCAAGGUCAGCAUCCCCCUCCCGUCGUAGCAGACGUUGAGGAGCACAGUUUACCUCCUGAUCUGUGCACUUUACGAUUUUAAAUUCCAUGAGUUGAACAGGCUUGUCUCAUUAUGGAGGCAGUUGUGUAGGUGAACCCCCCUCAUACGUUUCUUUCGUCUUUGUAAAUAUGUUUUAAAAGUUUGAAUGAAUUGCAAGACAGUUUGAAUGGUAGCAGUUUUCACUUUUCAUUAUGCAAAGCUUCCUAAAUCUUGGUGGACACUAAAAUCUCAAGCUGUAUCAUUUUAAACCAUAAGAGGGUUAAUUUUUUCCACCCAUUAUUGUAAAAUGUCCAAUAAAGCUGUUUGCUCUUUG